UUAUUUUGUCACAACAUGUGGUCUACCUUUUUUGUGACCGAUGAAGAGGGCCGUACUAUUGGUCCGGCGGGGCCAGGAGCGGUGGCUGCACCGGGAGGAGCACCGCAGGGUGCGGGAGGCAUGUCCGGCCUUAUGGCUGGACGCAGUACAUUUGGGGGGAACAAGCGGCGCAGGACGACGUCAACAGGACACACCAUGAGUGAGGCUCAGGAAGGGAAGAUCAAGUUGGCUUUCUUCGUGGCCAUCGUGGGCGUCGUCCUGACAGUCCUUGGGAUGGGGACAGAGUUCUGGGUGGAGCUGUCACCUCCUAAGAGUUUCUACAACAACCAGACAUGUCUGACAGCUCACUACGGCCUGUGGAAGGGCUGCACAAAGACCUUGUGGGUGUCUGAUAUUGACCCAGAGAGAGAGAGCUGUGGACCUGCUGAGCUACCUGGAGAAUCAAACUGCACCUACUUCAAGUUUUUCACCACGGGGGAAAAUGCUGUGAUGUUUCAGAAGACAACAACGAAAAAUCUGAAUGUAGCGGCAGCCAUGUUGGCCCUGUUCAGCCUGUUCCUGAUGGUGAUGGGGGCCAUAUGCAUAACCAUGUCUCUCAGUAAAGAGAUAGUCUUCUUCCUCAAGCCAGCAUCCGUCUGCUUUAUUCUGUCAGGUCUCCUGGUGCUUGUCACACUGAUGGUUUUUCACCAGUCCGUCCUGGCCCUCCUGGCCAGCGACCACACGGUUCCUCUCCACCACGAGCUGUCCUGGUCGGUGUCGUGCAUCGGCUGUGCGGGUGCCGUCCUCAUCGUGGGGGGGAUCCUCUUCCUGCUGCUGGCGCUGCCCUACAGCCCCUGGCAGAGGUGUCUCCCUCAGAAGGACAGCAGCAGUUAGUGGCCCGGAGGUGGUGUUGCACUUUUGUUUUAUGAGGAAGCAGGGUGCAGGGGGACGUGGGUGUUUCUCAAAGACGUCUUAGCAAAGAGAUUGCUUUUCAUGUGAACUCAUGUGAAUCUUGUCAUUACCAUAAUCUUGUUCUGUCCCAAAGAAAUUUAUCUUUUUUAAAUAAUUGUUUCCCAGUGACUCAUUUUGGAUCCCCAUGAAAUAUUGUUGAGGUUUAUUGUUCACCAACAUGGACACAGCUCAAAGUGCUAAAAGCUGCAAUGUUACGUUGCAGUAAAAUACCCCCUUCAGUGUAAUCAAGUGUGUCAAUCUUAAUGCUCAGAUGUGGUUGGGAAACAGCCCUGUAUUGUCUUACUAUCUUGCAAGGUUUGGAGGCAAUUUACUGUUUGUUCAUUUAUUAAAUUACUGCAAUUAGUCCUUUGCAACUUAACCUAUUUUAUUGAACUAUUCAACAAAUUUGACAUGAACUUAUUGCCUAAACUGAAACAGUUCACAAAAAAAACGCUGUUUUAAAUAGCGUAGAAGGGAAAUUAAGUAGUUAAUGGCAGCGCUAGUUCUCGGCUAAACUAAAUGCUAACAUGUUUAUGGAACAUAUCACAUUGAUGAAUAUCAAUAUUUUGGUUACUUAAUUCAUGGACCCUGAUUUAAAGUUACUACCAGGAACUUUCACUUUGUGUUGAUUGUGGCGGUCCCUGUGGACAAAAGCUGUAGUGUUUCCG